UUAUAUUUUUAUCUGAAAUAAAUAGAAGAAUUGGGAUUUAAUAAUUUGAUGUUGUGUUAAAAAAUUUGGUCCAAUAGAUCCGUGUUGCUCACCCACAGUCCAUUCCACACCCACGUCUCUCUUCCGCUUCAGAUCACGAAAAUCGUAAGCGUUUCGCUGUUCCAAGAUGGGCGUGGCUCAGAAUGUUCACGACACGGAGGAGGGUACCUUGGAGAUUGGAAUGGAAUACAGAACUGUAUCUGGAGUUGCUGGACCAUUGGUUAUUCUUGACAAAGUUAAGGGACCCAAAUUUCAAGAGAUUGUUAAUAUUCGUUUAGGAGAUGGAACUACUCGGCGUGGACAAGUUCUAGAGGUUGAUGGUGAAAAGGCUGUUGUUCAGGUAUUUGAAGGUACAUCUGGGAUUGACAAUAAAUUUACAACUGUGCAAUUUACUGGAGAGGUGUUAAAAACUCCUGUCUCUCUGGAUAUGCUUGGGCGCAUAUUUAAUGGUUCUGGAAAACCAAUUGAUAACGGUCCACCAAUUUUACCUGAGGCAUACCUAGAUAUUUCUGGAAGUUCUAUCAAUCCUAGUGAGAGAACCUAUCCUGAGGAGAUGAUACAGACAGGAAUAUCUACAAUUGAUGUCAUGAAUUCUAUUGCUAGAGGUCAAAAGAUCCCUUUAUUCUCAGCAGCUGGUCUCCCCCAUAAUGAAAUUGCUGCACAGAUAUGUCGUCAGGCUGGCUUAGUCAAGCGACUUGAGAAAUCUGAUAAUCUACUUGAGAGUGGAGAAGAGGACAAUUUUGCUAUUGUUUUUGCAGCUAUGGGAGUUAACAUGGAGACUGCACAGUUUUUCAAACGUGACUUUGAGGAGAAUGGGUCAAUGGAGAGAGUGACUCUUUUCCUUAAUUUGGCAAACGAUCCUACAAUUGAGCGAAUUAUCACUCCUCGUAUUGCUCUCACUACUGCUGAAUAUUUGGCUUAUGAAUGUGGCAAGCACGUUCUUGUGAUACUCACAGAUAUGAGUUCUUAUGCUGAUGCUCUUCGUGAGGUAUCUGCUGCCCGAGAAGAAGUGCCAGGAAGACGUGGUUAUCCUGGAUACAUGUAUACAGAUCUUGCAACAAUUUAUGAACGUGCUGGAAGAAUUGAGGGGCGUAAAGGCUCUAUUACUCAAAUUCCAAUUUUAACCAUGCCCAACGAUGAUAUUACGCACCCAACUCCUGAUCUGACAGGAUAUAUCACUGAGGGGCAGAUAUACAUCGACAGGCAGCUGUAUAACAGACAGAUAUACCCACCAAUCAAUGUCCUCCCAUCACUAUCUCGGUUGAUGAAGAGUGCUAUUGGUGAGGGAAUGACCAGAAGGGAUCAUGCUGAUGUUUCCAACCAGCUCUAUGCAAAUUAUGCUAUUGGAAAGGAUGUUCAGGCAAUGAAAGCAGUGGUUGGAGAAGAAGCACUUUCAUCAGAGGACCUGCUGUAUCUGGAAUUUUUGGAGAAGUUUGAGAGGAAGUUUGUUGCCCAGGGAGCUUACGACACCCGUAAUAUAUUCCAGUCACUAGAUCUUGCAUGGACCUUACUCCGGAUUUUCCCUCGUGAACUUCUUCAUCGUAUACCAGCCAAGACUCUUGACCAGUAUUACAGCCGAGAUGCUGGUAAUUGAUGAUUAAGGAAGCAAGUUCAUAUACCUUGGUCUCUUGCUCAACCAGUGCCUAAUGUCAUCGGCAAUUUAUUUGUUUCUUUGCUUUCUCCCACAAAUCCACAUUUCUUCUAUGCAGCUAAAUAUAAUAAAGGAUUGAGUGAGAGUCUGUUUGAGUGCCUCAUAUUUUGAGUCGGUCGGUUAGUUAGAAAAGUAGACCCCAUAGAUGUUAUGAUUCCUGAGCCAUUUUUUCUUUUGGUGGGGAAAAUGAGUUGUGUUAGUUUGGGAUGGCUGGCGUCAAUUGCAUUGUGGGAUGUUCAUGUUCCCUGGUGUUGGAAUUUGUGGAGACUGCGUUCCCAAUGUACGUUGCAUGUUUCAUAAUUUUAUUUAUCAUGUAAUUUGCUUGUUUAGGAUAUUCAUAAUCAGGACAGUUGUCUUUUGGACACUUCCUGGAUGUAUUUAUCUGCUUUAGUUUAUCAAUAAUUCAAACAAGCAUUUAAAGUCUGGGAAA